GUAUGCUACAGUUCAACUAGACAAAAGCAGCAAAGAGAAGGGGCACUGGCGCGUUAAAGACAAUAGAAAAAGAGUUGACUUGAUUUACCGAUAGCGACAUUAAUUUAAUCGUUUUUCUUUCAUUUUCCUUGUCUUCUGUCUUUUUCGUUUCUUUUAUUUCUUCUUUUACCAAUAUUCUUUUUACUAAUUGUGAAAAAAUCGUGAAAAUAAUCGUAUUUUUUCUCGUGGUGCAUUGUUUUCGUUGAAAAAAGAAAAAUAAGUUCUUUCGACGAAAGUUCGAGUGUCCUGUCAAAUUUCUUCCAAGGAAAAAUGACGAAAUACGAGAUGUGUGUUAAAUCACGUCCACUGAUGAUUCUUCUGGUCCUUAGCGUUCUCAUGAUGGUUCUGAUACCCGAACCAACCGAAGCUAGACCUUCCGGUAUCAUCAGCAGACGCAAGAGAAUUUCGGAUCAGAGACUCGCCGAAUUGGAAACGUUAGUGGCAUUAUCAAAUAUGAGAGGCAGAAUAAUAACGGUACCUGUUGGACUUGGUGUUAUCGAUCCUGCAAAAAUAGGUCGCAAGCGAAGAUCUCCAACGGACGAUAGUUUCAACAAAUUGAGAGAAACUCUGCAAAUAGAUGGACGAGAUUCGAUUUUCCUCCCGGAAGAGAAUAACGAGAUUCUAUCUUUGCCAUUGAAGGAUGCGAGCGACCAACUAGAGAACGAGGAACAGUAUUAGUCUAAUUGGAUGUUGCAAUAUCGAUUGAAGACGAAACGAAAAUCGAAGCAAUCGAGUGUAGCAAGACAGGAAGUGAAGAAGAAAGGGAAAAAAAAAGGGAGAAAGAAAGAAAGGAAAUAAGAAAGUGACUAGAUCGUCGACCGCCUGAAACAGUAUUACGGACCGUUCUCUGUCCGAACUGAACUCUUUAAUGAACUUAGAGCAUAAAUAAUUAGCGACGAAUACGACAAAUGUUAAUGUCUUGUCGUGAUUCGUAAUUGUAGUUGAUAGUGACACAAUAAAUGGAUUAACGUGAAUGAACGAAAAGGAGGAGGAGAACGAGAAGGAAGAAGAAAAAGGAAAGAAAAGAAUAGAAAAGGAGAAAACCUGAAACAAUCGUAACUUCUUAAAAAAAAAAAAAGAUAAUAAAACAAUACUAUGCUCUUCCUUUUAAGUAUUCGACAUCUUAACAAGAACAGUAUUCGAUGUAUUCACCGGUGUAUGUAUAUAUAUAUAUAUAUAUAUAUAUAUAUAUAUAUGUCCAUUUUUUUAAGUUAUUUAUUCUAUUUAUUGAAUGAUUUCAUCGAAUUAUAAUGAUUAUUUAUUGUUUGUUACAUCAUAGUCAAUUGCAAUCUCAAUUGAUCUCUAGUCUCGCUUUAAUAUGCAUACGUAUUAUAUGACAGCACAAUGACACGAAAAGGAUCAUUUCUGUGAUAAGGGAAAUGAAGUUAAAAUGUGAGGAGUGAUAAUCACGUGAACAUCCAUAUAAGAUUUUAGAAGAAAAAAAAAAGAAAGAGAAAAAACUUAUUAUCAUUAAUUAAUUAUAAAAAUAUUCGUGAUUCUUAAUAUAGUAUAUACAAUGUCAUUAUACCAGUGCGAACAAGCGAUGAAGGAGAUCAAAGAAAUUAUUCUUUAUUUUAAUCACAAUUUAAUUCACAUUCCUUUACAUAUUUAUUUAUCUAUGUAUUUAUACAUCACCUUCAUUUCUCUUAGCAUCGUCAUCGAUUAUUGCGUUCUCAUUCAUAAAGAUAAAAUUAAUUAAAAUUACAUUCGCGCACUUUUCGAGUAUAUCGAUAUCAUAUUAUCUCGAUGUAUGUACUUCUUUCUUACUAAGUAAAUUAUUUCAUUAAUUCUUAUUAUAAUAUAUAAAUGGAUAAUAUAAAUGUAGGUGUUGACGUGUUAAAUGUAUGUGUAUGUAUUCGAAGGCUGAUUGUUUUAGGAAUUCUCUUCAAGGAUCGUCAGCAAAAUUUCGAAUGUAUUUUAUCAAGCGUAUUAUCUGUGCUCUUACCUUUUAUUUAAACCGUAUUAUUUAUUUAAGAGACUAUAUUUAUAUGUAUAAUUAUUUAUUUAUUUUAUUUAUUUAUUUAUUUAUUAUUUUAUGAAAUAAUUUGCACGUAAAGUUUACGGCAACUAAGCGUUCCAGUGAAUAAAUGUAUUAUCUUAUUUAUUAAGAUUGAAAUAAUUAUCGCAAUUUCUCCUCUGUGUUCCAUGACGGAGUAAGAAUAAAAAUAUAAUUGUGUCUAUGCAUA